ACUGAAUCAGUGACUGGAACCCAACCAAGUCUUUUUUUUAAAAAAAAAAUACCGUUAAUUCACUGAGGACUAAUAAAAGUUGAAAACGUCGGCUUGAUCGAGAAGUACAAAGUGACAACGACGACGACGCAAAAAGAAUAGAAAAAAAGGUUUCGGCUUUGAGAACUCAUUGAGCUUUCGUCGUCAAAAGAUCCAAAGUCGAAAUCGAAAGAGGAGCCAUCUUUUCCGUAUUUGGAUUGGAACUGUUUCAGAUCGGAAAGACUUUGUGUUGAACUCUGGUUUUACAGAAUCGGAGUUAAAUUGUGGUGGUUAACGGAGAUGCCGGAGACAGAGGAGUCAAUAGAUAUAAAAUUCAGGCUCGACGAUGGAUCCGACAUGGGCCCAUUUCGCUACUCAUCUGCCUCUACCGUUGAUUGCUUGAAGCAAAGAGUCCUCUCUGAUUGGCCCAAAGGCAAAACUCUUGUACCAAAAGGGAUCAACGAGGUUAAGCUGAUCAGCUCGGGUAAGAUUUUGGAGAACAAUAAGACCGUUGCCCAGUGUAAGACCCCAUUUGGAGAGGUUGCAGGUGGUGGAGUCACUCUCAUGCUCAUGCACGUUGUUGUACAGCCUUCUCUUUCAAAAACUAAAACAGAGAAGAAGGUCCGUAAAGCCCCCAAGGCGGUUAUAUGCACAUGCACCCUUUUGUGAAGGGAGCAAGACAUGUAUUCAUACAGAACCAUAUUAAAUUGUUCAGGUACAGAACAAAAACAAAAAAGAAAGGUAAAAGUAAAAGUAAAGUAAAGCUUCCCUUCAAGCAAGCUGUGGAGUAUCAUAACCUCAGAAAAGCAAGCCGUGAUUAUGUAGAAAGUAAUUAGAUUCUUUCCAAGUACCCAUCAUAUGCUGCCUCUUGCUUGUUUUUGUUCACACUUCAUUCGCGUCUCGACUUACCAAUGUAAUAAACGAAAGUUGUAUAGGUUAACCUUAAUUAUGUAUCUAUCAAAGGAGGAAAAGGUGGUUGUGGCUUUUGUCAUCGUCCAUGAAUUUACCCUCAUCAAUAUAAACCUUUUUCUUGGUUUUUGUAA